AUGUCUGUCGACAAUGCCCAUGGUAAUCGACCAGGUCGCUUCUUUGCUCCCGAGAACCUCAAGCGUCACAACUACACCUGCGAUACUUCCUCCCAGUCACCGUCUACGGACAUUCCCGACUCAUCUGAGUCCGGGCCCAUCUUCAAUGCCAUCAGAGUCACAAGUCCAGAGGGAAGUACUCGAAAUUCCAGACCUGCCUCCAAUAUAGGCCCCAUCAUGGAAGAAGGAUUAGCAGCCAAUAUCGCCAUGUUCAUUCCCUCGGCGCUCGACGGUCACCAGUCCUCCAAACGACUUUCUCACAAUGAAAGACGACAAGUUGACACUAUCUGGUGGCGCAAGCAGAUGCUUUCCGAUACGUCUUUACAUCAGACGGCACACCUGGGCGCUGGUCCAUUCACCGAGACGAUCUUGGCUGCAGGUGCUGCUAGAAACUUGCACCAAAAAGCACAUUCUCUCAACACGGCGGAAGGGAGUCAAUAUGUUCCUCGCUGGCCUACGAAUCUGGGGACUGCCGUUUCCACCCUUUGGCCUCAUUUCCCACCUCCAGAAAGACAGCCCACGCCUCCAGGACUCCCAUCAUUCAAUACCCCCGAGGCGGUGUAUUGCUCUGCACAGUUCCUGGUUGGGGGAAAUGGCAGACGCCGUUCGUACAGGGCCGAAGGCAACGGCCAACAAACACGCUCAUACGGAGAUGCAAUGCUGCGAUUCUUUGGUCUGUCUCCCUCAACCGAGAUCGCACCGGAAGGGCUUUCUGUGACUGGGAUUGGACGAGCAGAAGAUGGAACAGCAGUCCAGGGCCGGUUUCCGUAUCGACAAAGUGGCCACGGAAUAAAUCCUAAUCGACAGCUAAAUGACCAUCCCUUCCAUCAAAGCAAUCUUCCUAUCGCUGGAAACGAAGCUGAGGAAUUGAGAUGCGAGGCUGGAUUUGAUGACACAAGGACCAAGGAACCGGGAUCUCGUUCGCGGAGGCAGAUUCGGAUCUACACGCCUCGCCCUCUUGGACGAUUGUGGCCAUUCUCAGAUGAUACUUCCGACUCUGCUAUUCCACCACGUCCACGGAAGCAGGGCGGGGCUGUUGCACUGCUUGGUCUUCGGCGGACUUCACCUGUCCAGGACGGAGCCACAGCUGCCCCAUUUACCGUGGCAUCCUCUGUUCAAGGUGUGGGAGUGAUGGGAGAUCAGAUCGCGCAAGUCUCUUCAUCGUUGCGCUCAAGUCGGACACCAGACAAUUCUGAGGAUCUUGCAGGCGGUAGGACUACUGAAGGAGGUCAUAAACCAUAUGGCGUUCUUUCUUGCAUGCCCACUCAGCUGUCUCUUUAUUGUUCGGGUCGUUGUAUCCGCAAGCGUCGUUCGAGCAUGGAAACUCUCAACGUUGUCAGUACUGGCGAAACUUACCUGACUGCUCGUGACCAUCAAGGCUGUGGGCCGGGUCUUAGGUGGUGGUGGUGGUUGUGGUGA